AUGACCGCCAUUCUACUGCUAGCCCUAGUGUCCCUUUGCUGGGCAGCUUUGCCAGUGGUAGACCUGGGAUAUGAACUGCACAGAGCAAAUUCAUUGAAUAACACCCAUGGGCUGUACAAUUUCAGCAAUAUCCGCUACGCAGCACCUCCGGUAGGUGACCUGCGCUUUCGAGCCCCCGAGUGGCCUAAGCCCAACCGGUCGCGCAUCCAAGAUGGCUCGACUGGCCGAGUUUGUCCUCAGGCACUACCAAUCUGGGAAGAGGAGAUUGCGCCCGGUUUUCUUUUGAGUCUUCUUGCUGGCACCAAGUUCAAUUUGUCAACCGACAUCUCUACCUAUCCGUAUAUUCCGGAUAAGCUGGAUCCCCGGACAACCGAGGACUGUCUGUUCCUGGAUGUUAUUGUUCCACAGAAGAUCUUUCAGCGUGCUCAGCAAAGGAAAGGGGACUUUGUCGCAAAGAAAAAACUUGCUCCCGUGAUGGUUUGGAUCUACGGCGGUGGCUUCGCGCAGGGUGACAAGACCCUAUAUAAUCCCGAAGGGCUGAUCGAUCGAAGUGAGGCUCGCGGAGAAGAGAUCGUAUAUGUGGCAAUGAAUUAUCGAUUGGGCGCAUUCGGCUGGCUGGCAGGGAGCAGCCUCACAGCUGACGGCACUGCCAAUGCCGCCCUACACGACCAACGCCUCGCCCUCAAAUGGAUACAAAAGAAUAUUCAUCUUUUUGGAGGCGAUCCAUCUCGAGUCACAGUCAUGGGUGAAUCAGCAGGGGCAGGAUCUAUCAUGCACCAGAUUACAGCCUAUGGCGGCAAAAACGGAUCUGCUCCGUUUCAACAAGCAAUCAUUCAAAGCCCAGGGUGGAACUCAAUCGUCUCUCCCGAGCAGCAGGAGCAAACUUUGCAGCAGUUUCUCGAAGCCUUGAAUGUUAGUUCGGUCGAAGAGGCCCGCCGCCUGCCGUCGGCGGCUCUGAUCGCUGGAAACGCGUAUCAGAUUGCCGCCAAGGCCUUCUAUGGCAGUUUUAUUUACGGGCCAGUCGUGGACGGCACAUUUGCACCGGCCUUGCCAGGACAACUUCUGCUGUCUGGUGACUUCGAUCGCAACCUCAGUGUCAUGGUCGGUCAUAAUACCAAUGAGGGCCUCUCGUUUGUGAAUCCUAACGGGACGAAGAGCAACUUCCUUCCAAAUAUACUGAAAGAUUUAUUUCCGACAAUUAAGACUAAUGUGACUCGACAUAUUACUGAUGUCCUUUAUCCCGCCCAGUACGACGGCAAAUGGGGCUACACCAAUCCAAUCGCCCGUGCCGCGCUUGUCCUGUCAGAUGCCGCGUUUGAGUGCAAUACCGACUAUCUCAAUCGGGCAUACCAGAACCAGACAUACGCCUACGAGUUUAGUAUUCCGCCAGGGCUACAUGGUCAGGAUGUCCUAUAUACUUUCUUCGACAAUGGCACCAGCACGGUGACCUCAAAUCUGGGAGUGUCAGUCACCAACGUGACGGUCGCUCACGCGAUGCAGGAUUGGUUUGUCAGUUUCACCCAUGGAGGGACCCCGAGAUCAUCGCUGACUCCAACCUUCCCGCGCUAUGGGCCCCGCGGGCAACUCAUGAACAUUGGAAAUGACACCAUAGCCGCCAUGCGCGAUACGACUAAUAACCCCCGCUGUCGGUUCUGGCAGACUGCUCCAUACUACCAAUAG